GGACAACACGAUAGAGGAUUUAUAUAGCGAGCAAGAAAAGAAGAAGAACUUUGAACGGAGAGAGAUUUGGCGUUGUUAGAAAUAUGGCGGCUACCCGGUGUAAGCUCCGUCAGAUGUGGAUUAUCGCAACUGUCGUCUUGUUCCACCUGUACGUAGCAGCUGCUCAAGACAUCACAGUCACAGUCUCACCAGAACGGCGCGUGGUGGCAGCCGGCCGGAGUGUGGGAUUUGAAUGUGGAUAUGUAUUGCCACCAGGGCAUAGAUUUACCAGCGUGAUCUGGCAAAACUCCAAGACCGGCACCACACUGCCGGCUAACCGACACCAGACUACCCGGGACGGCAUUCUCGUCAUUGAUCGUGUGACAGAGUCGGACAGCGGCAUCUACACGUGUGCCGUGCAGUCCUACGCAGAGCAUACCCAGCAGACACACCGAAGCUGGGGACAUGCUGCUCUCUCUGUUGUGGCCCGUGGCAGCCAAGGCCAAGUGAGGCCGACGGUGCAUGUUCUACCGGGAGGGGACUACGGUGGACUGGUUCGCUUGAGGCCAGGCCAGAGCGUGGAGCUCACGGGACUUGCUACUGGCCACCCGCAGCCAUUUAUCACCUGGAAGAGAGCCUCGGGGAAGGCGUUGCCACGCAAUCGUCACCGCAUUGCGAAUGGCAAGCUGGAAAUUACCAAUGUUGUGAUCCCGGAUGAUAUUGAUGAGUAUGUCUGCACAGCAACUAAUCCACUCAGCUCAUCACAGGAGAGCCGUUUCUUGGUUGGUGGUUGGUCAAGCUGGGGCCAAUGGGGCAUGUGCUCAACGUCAUGCGGUGCUGGACAGCAACGCCGUCGGCGAACGUGUAUCGUUCCACCGACACUACACCGCAUGCUCAAACGGCUGGCCUGCAGAGGCUCAGACAAUGAACCACGCACCUGUAAUGCUGGAGCAUGUUUUGUUCCAACACGUCCGCCACCACCUCCAACAACUACUCCAUACCGUCCACCCACUAGAGCUCCAGCUCCUGUUCGAACCCGCCCGCCCGUUACCACUAGACCUCCUGUGCGUGCAACACCGCCGCCACCUCGCGAGGUGGUUACCCAGCCACUUCGUGUGCAAACCACGCCUCGUGCUGCCCCACUGGCUGUUACACGUGCUCCGUCACCUCCGAUGGCUCCCGGAUCCGGUCUUAAACCUGUGGGCUGCUUCCGUGAUCAUGUUGGUCGCCGUGUGCUGCGAUUUCACUACCGAAACUACUGGAGGUUUGUGCGGAGGAUGGUACCAACACUCUGUGUCAGCCACUGCCAACGAUACGGUCAUCGCUACGCUGGAGUCGAGAACUUUGCAGAGUGCUUCUGCGGUAGCAUGGAUGUACGGUCAGCUGUGCGGUCCGACCAGUGCACUAAUCCCUGCGGUGGCAAUCCCGGUCUAGCCUGUGGUGGACGCAAUGCAUUGUCAGUCUAUGAAGUGCCGCUGGCUCGAGCAAAAGCGUGUGAAACAUCAAAGUGGGACAGAUGGACACAAUUAAUUGAGUCAUGUGGCUGGGCUGUGCAGAGGCGUGAUCGCUACCUGCGUAACCCACGCCUGCAAUGCCCCAGGGUGCCCAACCUGCGACAGGAACGUCUGAUCAAGAUCAAGCCGUGCCCGCCCGACUUCUCGCUGACGCCAUCGACGUGUCGGCGUGUGCCAGUGACGAAGAGAAUCUCGUAUAAUCUGAGCUCCACCAUCCAUUGUCUUAGCGACACACCGAUCACACUCUACUACUGCAAGGGACCACCGACUUGUUCUCGCUGCACCUACUCCAAAACGACCAGCCGGAAUGUCAAGUUCACAUGCGGUCCAGCACGUAGCAAGGUUACCAUACGCGUGGCUGAAAUUCUCGCCUGCCGCUGUCGCUGAUGACAUGCCUUUCCAUCUUAUCACACAGUAACAUUCUUCAAAACUUUUCAUUCGCUCAAACUAAUCAAUGCAUAAUUUGAAAGUUUUGCAAAUUUCCAUUAAAUGCUUGCUUGUAGCACGAGCUAAAAUUUCGCAUGCAUAAGCACUUUCUGAAAUCUUUCCAAAUUUGAACAUGUCUUUCCUAAACUUAAAUAUUGAUGAACAAUUCUGACAGACAGGGA